CGAAAUGAACACUCAGUUCCCGAAUGACACCCUUCUUCAUGUAAAGACAAACAAUACGUUCAAUAAGGAGACAAGUUUGGAGAUGUCUUUGGCUAAUAACGAGACAAUUCUUGAUAAACUUAAUUUCGUAUUUUUAAAUGAUUUCUUAAGAUAUCACAACUUAAGAUCUAAAAACAUCAAUGUCUCGUAUACGACAAUUCACUGGCCUAUUGCAGAUACUUUAAGAUUAGCACAUGAAAAGCGUGGUCUUGAAUGCAAACCAGAUAUGGUUAUUAUGCAUAAUAAACAUAUCAUUGCCCCGAUUGAGAUCAAAUACUACGACAACUAUGAGGACAUCGAUAUUAAUAAACAUAAGGGUCAGUUAUAUUGUGAAAUGUUGUGGUCAGCUAAGCACAACAAACUGAUCCAAAGCCACAUCAACACAAUGUAUGGCAUUUUAGUGGCCAACCAAUUGUUUCACUUUUUUUGGGCCGAAUUUACCGAUAAAUACGUGAAAGAUGUGGAAAAAGAAAAAUGUAAUGAAAUAGUUGUCUAUGAAAUCAAUGAUUGUAUUCCUUUUGAUUUUCGAAAAGAAGAAGACAGAGAAAUAAUUGAACAAAUGUUUGUUUCAAUUAUUAAUAAUUAUAUACAAUAAGUUCACAAAAGAGGAAGAGAGCCAUUCGUAUAUAUUUUAGUUAAACCGCUUAAAGAUGAGGUUCAGAAAUUUGUGGCCGCUUUUGCUAUGAUUGAUCCGGGAAUUAACGAAGCAAUGCCCGGGGCUUAUAUGCCGGCCAAUGAACCGGUUUAUGAUGAGCCACACUUGAAUCGGGCAGCUUUCAGGCUGCUAUCAAUCCACGAAGUGAACGACGAAAAAUAGCCAUCGAUGUACUCGGAAGACGGUUUCGUCAUACAGUCAAAGUCUUCAAGAAAGGUGUACCGGUUGGCGGUCGAGGA